AUGUCAGAUUCAACAGCAUUUAGACGAUCACAGACCGACAUCGGGAACUCUGCCUCGAGUCCGCUGCGUCACGACUCUGUUGCUUCCACAAACUCAUCAGCCUACUCUGUUUUCUCGAACACAGCGACACCCACUCGCAGCAGUACUAUCUCAUCGAAUGCGUCUUCUAUAGCUGGUUUCAGCCACAAACGUGGCAUGAGUGAAGUAGGCGCUUUCAAUUCAAAUACUUCCACUAUGCACGAGCGACGCCCUUCUGCCGCAGAAACAUAUGGAAAUAUCCGUCGCUCUUUGCGCCCACUACCACAACCGCCAAACGCGUCCCCCAAAAGCUCAUUGAAGGGUGGCUCAACCCGCCAUACCAGAAGCUAUACCAUUGAUGAAACUGCGUAUCGAAAAUCUGUAUCCCCAGCAGGCACACCUGAGCGCAAAAUCAGAUGGCAAGACAAUGAGCUAUCGUCUCAGGGAAAUACAGAUUUCUCCGGCUCAACAACCACACCUCCUCGUCCACGUUCGCAGCAUUCACACGGCCGUCAAAGUCCUCUUCCGCCCAACCUGACAGCAUCAUUUACAGCACCGGAACUCGAGACUUUUCAGAAAUCCUCUACUGGACACCUCCGAACUCUUUCAAAAUUUGCCAAGUCUGGGGAAACGGAGGAGUUCGCACUUGAUUCAGCUCUUCCUUCUGUUGUCGGUCUGGGGGGACGAAGACGCCUUAAACGCUCAGAUUCUAUACGAGGAACCGCUGCUGCGAAAAACAAGAAUGUUUCGUCGUCUUGGGCAGCCGGAAAUUGGAUGGAUAAGCAAAGACAGUUUCUUCAGGCCUACGAAUACCUUUGUCACAUUGGAGAGGCAAAGGAAUGGAUAGAAGACGUGAUUCGGAAAGAAAUUCCACCAAUUGUUCAAUUAGAGGAAGCACUUCGAGAUGGCGUGACUUUGGCUGAGAUUGUACAAGCUCUGUAUCCUAACAGAACCCUUCGUAUCUUCCACCAUCCACGCCUACAGUAUCGUCAUUCUGAUAACAUAGCUCUCUUUUUUCGCUUCCUCGACGAAGUUGCGUUACCCGACAUUUUUAGGUUCGAGCUCAUUGAUUUGUACGAGAAGAAAAAUAUCCCCAAGGUCAUUCAUUGUAUCCAUGCUCUUUCGUGGCUACUUUACAAGGAUGGCAUCGUCGAUUUUCGUAUAGGGAACUUGGUCGGUCAACUACAAUUCGAACACCAUGAACUGGAACAAACACAGAAAGGGCUUGAUAAGGCUGGUGUCAGUAUGCCCAGUUUCUCUGGAAUGGGCGCUACGUUUGGUGCUGAGCCUGAGCCUGAACCCGAACCCGAACCGGAGCCUGUGGAAACAGAGGAGCAACGUAUCGAGCGUGAAUUGUGCGAGAAUGAAAGCUCUGUCAGCGAGAUACAGACUCAGAUACGAGGCGCUCUGUUGCGAGUCAAGUUAGGGCACGUUAUGAACGAGCUUUGGGACAAUGAGCAUUUGAUCAUUGAUCUACAGUCGAGGAUACGUGGAGACUGGGCACGUCAAGUUAUCGAAUAUCGCCUAAGCAUGCGUCAAUUUGCCAUUAACCUACAGGCCGUUUCCCGAGGCUUCUUAGUACGCGCCAAGAGACAAAGUGACGAGGAAUGGUGGAAAAUCAAGGAACCAGAGGUGCUAAAGAUCCAAAAUCUUGUGAGAGGUAGAAAAGCCAGAAAUCGGGUAUCGCAGCUGAAGAUACGAGUGCAACGAGAAGAACCUGGAAUUAAACUCAUCCAGGCAGCGAUCAGAGGCGCUAUGCAACGAAAAAGUGCCUCCGAGAAGGUCGAACAGACAAAGGGUGCCGAAACCCAGAUAACCACACUUCAAGCCUCUAUUCGCGCAAUGCAUUUGCGUCGUUCUAUGAAUGACAUCGCGACUCAGCUACAGCACGAAGCUCCAUCGGUUGUGUUUAUUCAAUCAGCAAUUCGAGCUUCAGCAGAAAGAGCUCGUAUGACAAGUCUGAAGCAGGCACUAGCGCAGAAGGACAGUCAAACAUGCUCCUUGCAAUCCUCGAUUCGAGCCGCUAAUGUCCGCAAGCAGCUCAAGACCCUCCGCGAUCAACUCAAAGGACACCAAGAACCCUUUACAGAACUUCAAAGUUUAAUUCGCGCUAAUGCAGCCCGGUCUAAGCUUGAGGAACAGAAGUCUGCAUUGGCUAAGGCAGAAUCAGAGGUCCUGAUUCUGCAAUCUAUGACUCGCGGUCUCUUCCUAAGAAAGCGAAUAAAUUCUGAUUUGCAAAGCCUUCAAAAAAACGGGACCCUUUUCACCACGUUGCAAUCUCUCACACGAGCUGCACUAGUUAGAAGAGAUAUUGGGCAGCUACUUUCUCAAUUCGAGGAAAAUGAGGAUGAGGUUAUCAGGCUUCAGGGACUCAUUCGGGCAAUGCUUGUCCGCCUCGAUGUAGGCAAUCUUCUAUCUGACCUAGAAGCCGAAGAAGAGACCGUUACCGACCUCCAAGCAAACAUCCGAGGUUUCCUCGUUAGACUAAGGUUUGCCGAAAAGCAACGAUUUUUCCGACAAAACAUGGAGAAGGUUAUCAAGGUCCAGAGUUUUGUCAGAGCCAAGAUCCAAGGACAGGCAUACAAGAGCCUUACGAGUGGAAAGAACCCUCCGGUGGGCACCAUCAAGGGCUUUGUUCAUCUACUCAACGACAGUGAUUUUGAUUUCGACGAGGAGAUUGAAUUUGAGAGACUCCGGAAGACGGUUGUCCAGCAAGUAAGACAGAACGAAAUGGCGGAUCAAUACAUUUCACAAUUGGAUAUCAAGAUUGCUCUGCUGGUGAAAAACAAGAUUACGCUCGACGAAGUUGUUAAGCAUCAAAAGCAUUUUGGUGGGCAUGUUGGGUCUCUUCUGUCGAACAAGAACAUCAUUUCAAAGGACCCAUCUGAUCUCAAAGCGUUGAACAAGAACUCCCGGAAGAAACUCGAACAAUACCAAGUGUUGUUCUUUCUUCUUCAAACUCAACCGCAGUACCUCGCCAGGUUAUUCCGCAAACUUCGAGAACAGAAUACUAGCGACAAGGAAUAUGAGAAAACAAAACAUGUUAUUAUGGGACUUUUCGGUUAUUCACAAAAGAGACGCGAAGAAUAUUAUCUUAUUAAGCUAAUUGUGCGCUCCAUUAGAGAGGAAAUACAAAGCUGUCCAACGUUGAAUGACUGGAUUCGGUGCAACUCAUUCUGGACCAAACUGUUCGUGGCAUACGUUAAGUCACCAAGAGACCGAAAAUUCCUGCGAGAAAUCUUGAAUCCUAUUGUCAAAGAGUGGAUUCUUGAGAACUCGGAAACAGACCUUGAAAGUGAUCCAAUGCAAAUCUAUCGCUCCUCUGUCAUUAACGAAGAACUUCGUACUGGUCAAAAGAGCAGGCGUCCUCUUGACAUAUCCACAGAAGUCGCCAUUCGGGAUCCAGAAACACGCGCUAUAUUUAUUCGACACCUCGAGGAUCUUCGUGAUAUCACAGAGCAACUCCUCGCAAGAUUUCAAGAGACGCUUCCAAAAAUGCCCUUCGGAAUACGUUACAUUGCGAAGGAGUUAUAUGAAUUGCUUGUCUCUCACUAUAGCAACGAAGACCCUGGCCUUAUCCUUCAAGUGGCUGGACAAUAUAUCUGGAAGAACUACCUUCAAGCUGCAGUUCUGGAGCCUGAAAAGCAUGGAGUAAUUGACCACAGUAUAGAUCCCAAGGGCAAGAAGGACCUGAAUGAGAUUGCCAAGGUAUUUUCUCAAGUAGCAUCCGGCCGACUGUUUGGCGACGAAAGUGUCUAUUUGCAGCCACUCAAUACCCAUCUUGGAAGCUUUAUUCAGCGCCUUGGUGGAAUUUGGGGAGAUAACCUGUCUAACCGAUCAUCAGUGAUCACUGUACAAGAUGCAGAAUCUUAUUUUGAUAUCGACGAGUUCAAUGACCUCUACGCUAAGACCAAGCCAACCCUGUACAUCAAAAUGUCCGAUAUAUUCUCUAUUCAUCAGCUUGUCGCGUCCGAAAUAAACUUCUUGUGCACACAGCCGGACGAUACUUUGAAGGAGAUUAUACGGGAACUCGGAAAUGUCAAGUCCAACGAACACGAGCUCAUGGCAGUCAGGUCGUCCGAAAUCAGCCUGACUCUGAACCCAAGGCUCACAAACACCGAAGAUCCGGAGGCAGGCGUCAGAGCUUUGUUUAUGGAAACAAAACGAUGCAUCCUCUACAUUAUUAGAGUUCAGACUGGAGCUAAUCUAAUGGAAAUAAUGCUUAAGUCGCCAACUGAGGAGGAUGAGCAGCGGUGGCUUUCGCUUGUUCACGACGAACUUUCUGCGAACAAUAAACGAAGGGGUGCUUACUCGGAAGUGAACUCGGUGCUAGACCUUAGCACUAUGAGUUACGCUGAUUUGAAGAGUGUUGCGCUUGAGAACAUUCUGCAAUUAGAGCAAGUGGGAAAGAUCAGCCGGCACAACCAUUAUCAAGAUAUCUUGAACGCGAUUGCCGUGGAUAUUCGGACCAAACACCGCCGCAGGAUACAACGCGAGCGAGAGUUGGAGAGUGUUCGAUUAACAUUGUCAAGGCUUAAUAAUCAAGCUGAGUAUCUCGAGCAACAACUAGAGACUUAUAACAACUACAUUGAGCAUUCAAUGAUUACCCUUCAAAAUAAGAAGGGGAAGAAAAGGUUUCUGAUGCCCUUUACGAAACAGUGGGAUCACGAACGUGAGCUCCAGAAAACAGGACGAGUGUUCAAGUUCGGUUCUUACAAGUACUCGGCACGAACUCUUGCAGAGAAAGGAGUUCUAGUGCAUUGGCGAGGUUAUACGGAUCGUCAAUGGGACCGAGUGGACCUUACUAUUUCCAGUAACGAAGUCGGAGUGUUUACCCUUGAUGGAAGCAGUGGCAAUAUGAUGAUACCUGGAGCUAACGCGCAGGUGCCACUUGAUGACCUGCUUCAAGCACAGUACAACAAUACCCAGUUCCUCGACUUCUUUGAAGGCAGCUUACGAGUGAACGUUGAUUAUUUCGUGCACCUGAUUAUGAAAAAAUUCUAUAAUGAAUAA